CGCAGUGCGUUCACAAGACCUGAGCCUUAGGCGAAUUUGUUCGGUUGGUUGCUUGUUUUGUAAUAGAAUAUUUCGUAUUUGUGCGCCAUUAAAUUACAGAGUUUGAAGUAUCAACAUGGAGACGGUUGAGUUCGAUAAAGCUUUGUGUUUGAGUGUUAAGAACGUCGCUUUCUGACGGUUCUGUCAGAGUUUCAGUUGUAUUCGGACAGAUCAUUCUGUGUGGCAGGCCUAUAGGACAAACCCUGUUUGAACCCAGGACAGAGGCACAGAAACACACAACAACGUACACGCAAACAUACAGGAAGAUGCCCCCGGUGGCUGAGUCAGAGGCCAAGGCAAAGUUGGCCCUGGCUCAGGGGGGUGCCGGUGAAACGGGGACGCUGUCCUGGACCGACUGCCUUUGCCCUGUUUGCCUGGAGAUCUUCCUGGAGCCCGUGACAUUGCCAUGUGGACACACCUUCUGUAAGGCCUGCUUCCUGGAGACGGUGGACAAGGCGAGUCUGACCUGUCCGCUGUGCCGCAAGCGCGUGUCCAGCUGGGCGCGGCUCCACGGCCGCAAUAAGACGCUGGUCAACGCCGAGCUGUGGCGCCGCGUGCAGGAGGCAUUCCCCAUGGCAUGCCAGCAACGGCUCAACGGGCACGAUGCUGACAACGCAGGGGUGUCUCUCCUCCCAGGUUUUAAUACAAAGCCGACGCUGAGCCAGCCAGGGGAGCUGCGGAGGGAGUACGAGGACCAGAUCAGCCGUUUUGCUGAAGAGAAGCGUGCCCUGGAGGAGGCCGAGCGUGUGGCCAGUGAAGAGUACAUUCAGCGACUUUUGGCCGAGGAAGAGGAGCGAGUAGCUGAGGAACGGAUGAGACACGAGGAGAAGCAGUUGGAGGAUGAUGAAAGACUGGCAAGACUGCUGAGCCAUGAACUGAAUAAAAGUCCAGUGUGUUCAGUUCAGAAAAGUGUACGGCCAAAUGAGAAGGUGAAGAAGGGUGGUGCAGGAGACAUUGGAAGGUUUCUACUCCCACUGCCACAUAGAUCUUCCUGCGGUUCUGCCUCCAGCUUCACAGCCAACAAGGAGAACCUGCCGAGCCACCAACCGAAGACUUCUUUGCAGCGAUGGGUGGACACAGAGAAGUCAGCGGAACCCGAGGCAGCCCUCCUCGUACAUGGGGAGGAGGAGAGAUUAACCCCUCUCACCCUGCUGUCCCAGACUGAGCAGGACAGAGGCUCAACACACCCUCCGGGGCUGCAUUGUUCAGGCACACAGGCUUGCCACAGUACACAGACAGCAGCACAAUUUUCUGUCCAGAGAGUGAGCAGUGACACAGAGUUCGAGGGACUGAGUGAUACAGACAGCACACGGCCCUGCCCGACAACCACUCCACUGUGGAGGGAGCUGGCGCAGCUCGAGGAGGAGCUGUGUAGCCGCAAACAGCAGGAAGCAGAGGAUAGGCAGCUGGCCCUCCGGCUACAGAGACAGCUGGACCGCGAGGAAGCUCUGCGCGCUGUGGACCGCAGCAAAGGUUCCGCAGACCAAUACGAGCUCCGUGGGAAGUCCAGCACCACACCUGGCAAUCCCAACAGUCCCAGUCCUGGCCAUUGUGCACCCUCGUCCAGCAGGAAGCGCUCUAGCUCUGGUUUGGCACAAAAGGACGUGAAAGAUAAAGUCAGGAGACGAGUGUCAGCCUGCAGUUCCUCUGAAUCCCAGAAGAGGGUGCACGUUUCGUCUCGCGCUGAGAGACACAAGACCUGCAAGCAGACCACUCUGACGAAGAUGUUUUCUUCACUGAACAGCUGAUCAUAUUGGAAUUGAUCUUCUAUAAUAACCCCCCCAGACUGCUGAUAGACUGACAUGGAUUGUACUGUUGACACUGGAGAUCAUCCAUGGAUGAACAGUUACCAGAAAAUCACUUAAAUCCUUUUUGUGAAUGUAUAAAUCUAAUGAUUCUUUGAAUAAACAAGUGUAAUAUGA